UGUGGCUGGUUGGUGCAGUGUGUGGAAGGAAGGAUACGUUCUUCCUUCCAGCGGCGUCUUUGGGUUAUUGCAAGGAUUUAAGUCCUUCCAGUCCACCAUGAGACAGAACGCACUUCAACGUGUACCAACUCUCGUGGUCUGGGCUUGCAUUGGGGUUGGGGUAGUGACUUUCUUGUGGACUGCAGUAACAUUAGGUCGACCAGAAUUGCUACAGCCCGCUGGAGAGUGGUUAAAGCCUGAACCGGCACCUUUGAAGCCUGCAUUUGGGGACCUGACUGCAGAAAUGAGAAAACUAUUGGCUCGCCGAGUGUUGAAGCUACAGAGGGACAUCGUGGCUCGUAACGGUUCAGCAACUAUGAGCGGGCAGUGGGCAUCUGAAUUGGAUCUCAUAGCGGGAGCCCUGGACCCAAGAGUGAAUCUAUUUGACCGAAAAGCUCCUACAAGAGUCUGUCCCGAAAAAUUCGAAGAGGGUAAAUUCGUGAGAGAGGUGUGCAAAAACGCUUUCAAAACCUCCGAGCUGCUCAGCGUUAUCCUGCCAGCAAGAAGCUGGACGCUGGAAAGAAUCGCCAAGGUUCUGAGAGGCCUCUACAAACAUCCCAAGAUGAACAUAAUUCUCAUCAUCGAUAACAGCGUCCCGCCUCCAAAGAUGAAUGUCACCAUUUUGCUCACUUACGACAAAAGUGUCAGUGAAGGCAAGGUUCUCAACGAUGCCGUGUCUAUGGUAGGAACGCCGUUUGUUCUGAUAGGAGAGAAUCUAGAUUUAUACUCAGAAAACCAUGCAUCUUUAACGAGGCUAAUUCAAGUCAUGGAUCAACAACCGUCAGUCGCUGUUGUCGGGGGUGGUUACCGCGACGUCCAUGGCCAAUGGCGUCACGGCUGCAUUCAGAAAUCCAUAACCAACUACCACGCAACAUUCAUUCACGGUUACGAAUACUCUCACCAGGAGUGUAUGUACUGUGAUGAUGUGGUUGGUCCCUUCGUGGCUAACACCAACCUUCUCACUGAAGAGCCUUUCAGCGAGGAAGUGAGCCAGGCAGUGAUCUAUCACGACUGGUUCACUACGGUUGUCAAUGCUGGAUACUCUGUCAUGGUGUGUCCAGAUGCAAUGUUCUUCAUUGACGAAAAUCCAGUCAUGGGGGAAGAAGACUGGAAAGAGUAUGGGAGAAGAUGGUCAGUUGUUUCUAUAGAUUCUUAUGACGGAAACCAUUAUAAAUUUUCCUGCUCCGAUGUCCAUUUAGAUUGCAAUGACCUCCAGAAAAAGAUAUCGUGGUUCAUGAUUCCUCCCUGUUGCAGAGAAAUCAUCAUGAAAGGAAUAGAGCUCGUGGAUAAGUUCAGCCAAGAACAUGAGAUUAAAUAUGAGUUACAUCACGGCUCCCUUCUAGGCGCCAUUAAGCUUGGAAGUUACUUGCCUUGGGACUUUGAUCAAGAUAUAUAUUAUGACUGCCGUGAGAAAAGCAUAUGGCAGUCCAUGGACCCUUUUCUGAAAGAGAACGGUGCCAACUGUCACUUGCGACUGUCCAACACCCAGACACAACUCGUCAUCCAGUGCAAAUCCUUUUUCAUUGAUAUGGUCUGCAGAAAGCCACUGUCACACCUCACUUUGCCCGAGAUUUACAGGAAUAUCAGCACCUGGAUAGACUAUGGUGGGUACAGAGUUUCAGUCAUGGCAAAUCCAGGAGCUUCGGCGAGGGAGCACGGAGGUAUUGAGAACUUGCGUCAUGCUCAACACUGGCGAGUGAAGAACCAUCCUGACCCAGGUGCUUUUCGCCCCUGUAGAACCUCCCACACUUCUUGCCUCGACCGUCAUCCCGCCGACGGGAAUUUUGCGUUUGCUAACCCCCCGGUAUGUUUGCCAUAAGGAAUGAUUCAAAAUUGGGACUUUUCAUAUUUGUUGACAAAAAUCAUGUUACUCAGUUGUAUACAGCAAAAAAAAUACCAUAUAGUUUGUUAACACUAAAAAUGUAAUAAUUUCAUGGUUAUUUUCUCUCUUAAAACUUUCUGAUGUAACUAACGUUGGUGAUUAUCUGUGAUCCACAGUUCAACAAAACACCAUUUCACUGGAUAGCACAUAACUAUUUAAGCAGUUGUCUGUCUCUUUGUUGAAUGAUCUCAGCUUCCCCGGCCAUUCCCAGUCUAUAAUAUUGCAAAUAUCUUGUUAUGAAUAAGAAUAAUACAUAACAGUAUAGUAGAGUCAAAGAUAGUUAAAUUCAUUGUGAUAUGAUACAAACUGAAAAGCUUUCAACUGGAAUCUUACUCUUAAACCUAGAUUUUUCAAGGAUAUUGCACAUCUGUUAACAGCUAUAAAUAUAUUGCUGCCUGUAGUGAUAUAGAACCUUCGAAUCAUGAAUAUUAUAAGUUUUUCUCCCACCUCAGAAAUGGGGUAUUCAUUUCAAGGAUGUGAUCUAUUCUGAUUAUUUUAUUUUGUACCCUUGAUCUGACUGAUUCAUCAAUCACAAAGAAUCAGGGUAAGAAAAAACUAGUGAAUGGUAUACCUACAGCAGUGGUGGCACAGUAACAAGUUGAUUUUUCAUGAUGACCCUUGCCUUAACAUUACCAAUGAUACUCAUAAGGUUGUACAAAUUUUAGGGUUAGUUUUUGUACUGGCCUUAUAGGGGGUUUGAUACCCCUUAUAAUGUCAUUUAUUAAUAAAAAUAAA